AUGUUAAAUUCCGAACGUCAACGAGCUGAUACAAAUCUGGUAAACGCUAACAACAAGAUGACGAUGCCGCAAUUUGCAUUCGAACAACAUAAAAAUUAUUUUCUCCACUCGCUGGAUCAGUUGCCCAGUAAAUCGGCGAUAUUCGAUAAUUCCCGAAUUACCAUGCUCUAUUUUGAGCUAAUCGGUCUGGAUAUACUGGAUGCUUUGGAAUCUUUAACCGACCAACACAAGAAGGAAAUCGUCAAUUGGGUGUACAAGUUGCAGUUGGUGCCCAACGAGAAUUGUCCCGAGCAAAAGUGUGGUUUCAUGGGAUCGACCACUGUGAUCAAUUUGAAAACCUAUCCCAAGUGCGAUAAGUAUUGUGAGAGUAAUGUCGGCAUGACGUACAUGGCGUUGUGUAUACUGAUCACGUUGGGAGAUGACUUGAGCCGUGUUAACAAAUCGGCUAUACUCUGGGGUGUAGGUUCCUUGCAAAAAUCCGAUGGUAGUUUCAGAAGCAACUAUGAAAACGGUGAGAAUGAUUUAAGAUUUAUGUAUUGUUCGCUAGCCAUAUGUAAUAUAUUAAACGAUUGGUCCACUAUUAACGUAAAUAAUGCCAUACAAUUCAUUUCAAAAUGUUUAAAUUAUGAUGGAGCGUUUGGUCAAAAUCCAGGAGCUGAAUCCCAUGGGGGUUCUACUUAUUGUGCAAUUGCUUCGUUAUCAUUGUUGGAAUCUCUGAGUUUAGUACUAGAUAAAAGAAAAUUAAAAGUUUUAGAACGCUGGGUAGUUAAUCGACAAUUCAAUGGUGGCUUCCAGGGAAGAAUCAACAAGGAUCCAGACACUUGUUAUUCUUUCUGGUUGGGUGCCACUCUCAGUAUCAUUGGAUCACUAGAUAGAAUACAUAAAAAUGAAAAUAUAAACUUUAUUCUUAAUAACGCUAACCUGUUGACUGGGGGUUUCAGCAAAAACAUGGAUUCUGUACCAGACCUGAUGCAUACUUGUUUAAGUCUUAGUGGACUGAGUUUGUUUGGUGAUGACAACUUAAAUCCCAUUAUUCCAGCUUUAAAUAUUACUGUAAGGGCAGCUAACUUCUUGAAACAUAUUCAAAAGAAGUAA